GUCAAGCUUGUGACUGGUCAUCGGUGGACGAAUCGUGGAGGUGGCGCAUUUUCAGUAAUUGGUGAUUGGAGAUCUCCAAAUAUUAGUCUGAUUAUUGGUUACUGUGUGUGUCCCAUUAACUUUGGACCGCGGCUAAUAUUUUUCUAAAACACUUUGUAGUAAAUUAAAUUCGUUAUUGAAUUGCUGUAAUUUAUUUUGACGAGGUCGUCCAUUAUCGCUGUUGUAAUUGUAAUUCAAGAUGUCGGUGUGCUUCUUCGUACCUGCAGACCAAGCUGGGACCUCAACUGCGGAGGAGUCUCUCGAGCAGGAGGGGCCAGCAGAGGACUCCGCUGACACCCAGCAUCAGAACCUGCAGCAGUUCUGGGCCAAGGUCACUGAUGAUAUCAGGAAGGUCACUGCGGAAGACUUCAAAACCCAAGCACUGCCUCUAGCCCGCAUAAAGAAGAUCAUGAAGCUAGACGACGAAGUGAAGAUGAUAUCCGCCGAGGCCCCAGUCCUCUUCGCCAAGGCGGCCGAGAUCUUUAUCCACGAGCUCACCAUGCGGGCCUGGAACCAUACUGAGGAUAAUAAGAGGAGGACUUUGCAGCGCAACGACAUAGCGAUGGCGAUAUCCAAGUCCGACCAGUUCGAUUUCCUAAUCGACAUCGUGCCGCGACACGAGGUGAAGCCGAGCAAGCCGCGAGAGGAUCCUCCCAGGCAUACCGCCACCGAACAUGUGGUGCAGCAACAGCAAACGCUGCCGACUUCAAACCAGCAACAAUUUGUCAUACAGCCGUGCGCCCAGGUUGUGCAGCAACAGUCCCACAGCGCGGCCCCUAGCGUGGUGCCGCAGCCCGUGACGCUCGUGCAGCAGGUGGUGACUCCGCAGGGCGACGUGCAGCAGCUGCCGUUGCAGCUAACGCAGGCCCAGCUGAACAUGAUACGGCUGCAGGUGCAGAAUAAUCCCACACAACCCAUCAUCAUACAAGCGCAGCCACACAACUCGCAGAUUAUACAGGUAUCGUCGCAAGCGCAGCACCAGCCCCAGCAGCAGGUGUUCCUGCAAGUCGCCAGCCAGGAAGACUCCUAGUAAACUCGACGCGGGACUCGAGUCGAGUCUUUCAAAAGACUCAACUUCCUUCCAACACCAGUUUCAGUCUUAGCGCAUUCACUGCCACCGACGCAUAUUUGCGUCGCCGUGACUUUCACCCUGUGCCUUUGACGCACAGACGCGUUCAUACUAUAUAGUGACAGCAAAGUGCGGCACCUGGUGAAUGUACAGGAAAAGAGGGUGGCAGUGAAUGCGUUAACCAAAGAGAAUUUGAAGUAGAGAGUUACUCUCAUGGUAAGUUAUGUAGCUACAGUUCAUUUACUGCCAUAUUUCGACAGAAGAUUAACACUGCUCGAACGCCAUUUGACUUUGAUCCUUAUUUUUUCACUGAUGUGUGUUAACUUGUUGAAUAUUAAUAUUAACGCCAUCUACUCGAGCAUAGACUGAAGGUUAUGGCGCCAUCGCUCGAAAAUAUUGCACCAUAUUUGGUCAUCUUUGGCCUAUAGUCGAGUAGAUGGCGUUAAUAUUAAUAUUUAAUAAGUUAACACAUAUCAGUGAAAGAAUAAGGAUCAAAGUCAAACGGCGUUCUAACAGUUUUAUGUUCUGUCGAAAGAUGGCAGUAAAUUUACAGUGGCUACAUAAUUUACUUUGACAAUCCGUCUCUAUACACUCUAUUCUCUUUGGUAUUAACCUUUUCGACGCCGUGUCAAACACAAUAGCUGUCACUCGGACGCCACGUCACCGAAGUGUCCAAACUGAAAUUGAACUUUAUGCAUAAGCACGUAGGUCUAUGUUGCUCUGUGGUCUGUGACCGAUUAACCCUCUUUGGCGUUGGACCUGCAGUGCGGAUACACCGGUCAUUGGCGUCCAAAAGGUUAAAACUGCUACCUUCGACUAGAAAAUCAGUAAUUUCUUUACUAACCGCCUGAGUAAGCGGUAGUUGCCAUCAGAAAUGUCGGAGCGGCGAAGGUGCUCACAAAUAUCUGUACACGCCUCUAUUAUCAAGGCAAUUAAGUUCCCAUAUCGUACGCCUCUCUGGGGCAGGACAUUGAAAACCGUUGUACAUUAGAAUAGGGAUGAUGACACAUGUUGAAUUUUAUAAAAUCUAGUAAAAUAGCAAAUGAGCAAUUUAUUACAAUAAUGUGGAUAUUAAAAUAAUACAAAAAUACAAAAAAAAAUCGAGAAAAUAGUAGGUACAUCUUUAGGGUUCCGUACAUCAAAAGGAAAAAACGGUACCCAUAUAGGAUCAAUUUGUUGUCUGUCCAGCCGUCUGUCUGUCUCAAUAUAAAGGGUCUUACACGACAGAGGGCGGCAAAAUCCACAAAUAAUGCUCGUUAUUUAAAUUUUACAAAUAAGUAUUACUUAUUGGGGAGCCGUGAUAUGUGAACACGCAACCAUGUUCAGAUACUUUUGAGCAUAUCGGCCGCUCCGAUAAUAUCUGAUGGUGCCUAUAAAACUCGACGCAGUUUCGAGAAGCUAUGUGCAUAUGCGCCAUUCACUGAUGAGAUGACAGAAGCUAUUGAUUGAAUGUGUACAGUUAUGUGAUUUUGUAAAUAAUUUAUUUUUAAUAUAUUAUGUUUGAAA